CCAUCAGUGACAUAAUAGCGCAGCACCCUGCAUGCUCUGUAUGUGCAUAUAGGGUGCCCAAUCGAACCACAGUUGCGUAUAUACAACUGGGGUCGAAUUGAGCGUAUAUCUGUAGCCCGGACUUCAAGAAUCAAGACUCGACGGCGGACCCAAUGCCUUGGACCGCCCUGUCUCCGCUCGGACCCGUUACGCAACGACGACCGCCGAGCACGCGCGUGAUGCUUUGGAAGAAGGAUUUAUUCACCUAAAACUCCAAUCCUUUGCGGGCCUUGCCGGUCUCGCAGAUCAAGAUCUCUUAUCCUCCUGGCCAACACGAAAUGGCGGGUACUGUUCGCGCUGCCCGAGUGUUCUCGCUGCCAUGCCGUGCGACGCCUAUGUACGUCCAGACCCUCACGAGGACGAAAGCUCUCUAUACCACCGGCCCGGUAGCUUCCUUCAGAUCCACAAGACAAGCCGCGAGAACAGAAGGGAAUAAUAUUCCAGCGACCAGAGUCACCGCAGCGGUAUCAGCCCCUCGAAAACAACGCCAUCGUGCCUUUGGCCUGCCCGCCUUGUCGCCUUCGAAGCGCGCCUAUUCCACAGAUGCACCUUCGCCGAGCACGCAGUUCGUAUACAAUGUCGCAGCUUCGUACAUCGCCAAGGGCCGGCGCUAUGAUCCCUCGACGCACGUCUAUCAAUUCAAUCCAUACAACCGCGUACAACCACCGAAAGCCGGCCGAGAGAAAGCCUCACGGGCCGAGUCGGGACAAGAUGCCUUCUUCGUGAGCCGCCUUGGCGCCGUCCCGGGCGAAGUUGCGCUCGGCGUAGCAGACGGGGUGGGCGGGUGGAUGGAUAGCGGUGUCGACCCAGCCGACUUCUCACACGCUUUUUGCGACUAUAUGGCGGCGGCUGCCGGCUCAGCCACGGCCACGGCCACAAAAGGAGACGCUGCGGUUCCCCUCACGGCGCGUCAGCUGAUGCAGAAGGGCUACGAAGCCGUAUAUCGCGAUCCGGCCAUCAAGGCCGGCGGAAGCACGGCAAUCGUGGGACUCCUCACGUCAAAGGGAAUGCUAGAGGUGGCGAACCUCGGCGAUAGUGGCUUUAUCCUGUUGCGACUGAAUGGGGUACACGCUUUCAGCGAGCCGCAAACACAUGCGUUCAAUACGCCGUAUCAGCUCAGCGUGGUGCCGCCGAGUAUGCUGCUACGUGCUGCAGCUUUUGGCGGCGCGCAGCUUAUGGACCAGCCGCGUGACGCCGAGGUGAGCCGUCACCGCUUACGCCAUGGCGACGUCCUGGUUUUCGCGAGCGACGGACUGUGGGACAACCUCUUCAAUCAGGACGUGCUACGAAUCGUCAGCCGGACCAUGGUCAAGGUGGGCGCGUGGGCGACCACCGAUAGGGGAGUGCAGGUGGCGCCGGACUUGCGACCGUAUAUCAAAUCUGGAGAGAACAAGCACGCCACGCUACAAAGCACGCUGGCAACGGAGAUAGUGGGCGCCGCCAAGGCCGCCAGCGUCAACACGAAACUCGAUGGUCCGUUUGCCAAGGAGGUGAAGAAGUACUACCCGCAUGAGGUGUGGCGUGGUGGAAAGGAGGACGACAUCUGCGUUGUGGUGGUGCUUGUGGCGGAAGAGGAGGUUCUCCCGAAGGCGAACCUUUGAGAACAUCUCAGGCACACGGCACAUUCUGAAUCUAGAAUACCCAGCAUUUAUCACCAGACGAGACCCUAGGUCCGUUGAUUCGGCACCGAAAGAGUUCCAUGAGUCGAAAGUAAAGUCGACCCUUCAU